UUGAACUCAUAAAAUACAUUUAUAUGUACUAUUUAUUUAAAUAAAUUUAAAUUUAAUUAUUACUUAAUCAAAAAAUGGAUUUCGUGGCAUCAUUAUUUGUUUUUUGGCAGUUCAAUAUUUCAAUUAUUUUAUGGAAUUUACAAAAUCGUUGUUUGGCUCUACCAAAAGGUACUACAGCAGUUGUUCGAUUUGAUAAAGUUGAAUUGACUAUACACAAUAAGUUUGGACAAACGAAUGAAGUUUACAUAAGUCAAUUUAAUGGAUAUGAUUACAUGAACAUGGCAAUGACAUUCUAUUUUGAUUGUACUUUACGAAAAUUAAGUUAUGAAAUAAUUAAGUGUAAAGAGCAUUACAUAGAUUGCGUGAACUACAGAACUUUUGAAGUUUCCAAUAUUUGUGGAAUAGAAAAUACUCUACUAUAUUUCGUCAAUAUGGGAUACGUUAAUCGCGAGUUGUCAUGUAUUUUUAAAAAAGGAUCUUUAAUAAUUAAAAACUCAACAAUCAGUUCAAAUAAAAUAGUGAGAUCCUUGGCGCUUUCGUUGGAUAAGUGGUGGGAAAAAUCAUGGAAAUGGCAAUCUAAUUUUUCUUCUAAUGAUAACUCAUUUUUUGUGAAAUCAAACGGUCAGCUUCGAUUCCUUCUUUUGAGUAGACGAACUCCUCCUAAACAUUAAACGAAAUUUUAACCGAUUAAUUAUAAUUUUUUAUUAUUGUAUUACUGAUAAAUUUUGAAUUAUAUAAAUAAUAAUUUAAUAUAAUAAGGUGAGAGCUAUUGUAUCUGAUUGAAUCAAAACUAAAAAAUUAAUUUUUCUAGAUUUAUAAUUUUUUUUUUUUAUUAUAGA